GCGGCUUCCGUAGGUCAUAUGUUGGUCAGUCAUGGCGGAUCCCGUGGUUCACAAAACUAGUAAAUUUGUUAUCUGUCUUCUUUUUUUUAUCAGCUGCGGCAAGACAAUGUGUUAGUACAGCCUAUGCAUGAAGUAUACGCUCAUCUGCGUAUUGUUUAUAGAUGUAUGCCAAAGGGCGCUUCUUAUUGUGGAGGUCAGUAAACGAAUACCGGUGUCAUUGUAGACAUGUGCUUGGGAGACUGAUGCUCCAACUCCGUAGGACAAUAACUGUUUGGGAUCAGCGUUGCCACACUAUCAGAAAGCAAAAGAUUGAUGGCUACCUCUGUAUUCCAUCAACGUGUGCUGAGGCUACAUUACCUCUCAAGAUUGCAAAAAAGCUUGAUCCUGGCACGUUGUCAGCACAGAAAAGCAGAGCAGGAUGUUGAUGAUCUGGGUGAGACUGAUGAAGCAUCACAACCCGUAGAAGAAGGACCUCAACUUGCAUACAAACUUUUCUAUAGCCCCUCUUCAUAUUGCCACAUCAGAAAUGUACAGACCGUUCUGAGCCAAAGAGACAAUGAAGAGGAUGAACCAUGUCUGCCCAUUCUUACACCUUGUUUCUGGCAACAAGGUAAUACAUAUAGUGUCAGCUCUUCGCGACAUCUUUCCAGUACUAAAAACACUCUGCUUGACUUGGCAUUUAACAAAAGCCCUGAAAUGCAAUCACAGGCACGUAGACAACCAAUCCCACCAGACAUUAGAUUUGAUACACGUGCCUUCCUCAAAUGCAGACCAGAAUAUUCAUGCAUAUCUCUGAAUACUACCCAGCGGCCUUCCCCUACUUCAUUGGACAAAUCCUGGGGGCUAUUAAAAAAAGUUACUGUGCUAAAAGGUGCUUUGAAACCGUCUGAUGUCUCCAGUAUUCUUUGGGAGCUCAGCUCUGUGGACCCCGACAAGACUACACUAGUGAGGAGUGACCAGCGCUUUGUCAUGCUACUUCGAUAUUCAGUUGAAAACCUGCAGCUAUAUUCUCUAUCUGAGCUAUUGGAGGUAUUGCAGGCAUUUGUGUGGCUGGAUAUGCCCUCAGCUCACAGUGUAUUAGCCCUGUAUGAAUCAGAGUUGAGCCGUAGAGUCGACCAAAUGACUUUACACCAGUUUCUGUUCGCUGCUGAUUUGUGGCGCUGCAUUGGGAAGCAGGUGCCCCAAUAUUUGAAAAGCGUUUACGCAUCUGUCCCUUUAUAUAUAGGCCAGAUAAGGACUCCAGAGCUGGUACAACUCCUCUAUAUCAUGGGAGAAGGCAGAUAUUGCCCUAAAGAACUGGUUCAACCUCUGGAACAACUAUUGAUGCGCCACUUACAUGAGCUACAACCAGAAGAGGUGGGCACUGUAUGCUUGGGUCUUUUUAAAUCCCAAACCUCGUUAUCAGAAGGAGCUGUGAUGCGUAUUCUGGACAAGGCGCAUGUUUUUGUGGAGGACAUGAGCGACUUUGGACUAGUCAAUGUGAUGAAGUAUUUGAGAUUCAGCUAUCUGUAUCACAAGGAGUGGUUGGACGCGAUGGGAAAGGAGGUACCAAGGCGUGCACACAGGAUGGGCAUACAGGGGCUCAUGCACAUGGCACUGGCCUGUUCAGCUCUGCAUUAUCGCAAUGACAAUAUACUUACGGCAAUAGCAGAAAGAGUUCCCUUAAUGGUGCCACAUUGUAGGAGUAAAGACUCAUGUAAGCUUUUGUGGGCAUACGGGACAUUAGGCUUUCUCCCUGUUAAAAGCCCAAGUCUGUAUCCUAGUCUGACAGAGGCGCUAAGGCAACGUAAAGCUGAAUUUUAUCGCUACCCAGAACAUCUCCUCACUGGACUUUUAGGGCUUGCUUUCGUCUCUACUUUCCCUGAAGAUUUAAUAUCAUUAGCACUUAGCCCAGAAUUUGUUAAAUUGGCACUCAAAUCAACACAACUAGAUCUGAAGAAAGACUUGUACACUUUAAAUGGCGCCGUCGAGCUGGAACUACCACAUUGGACCGGACCACGGCUGACCUCGGAUCUACAAGAAGAGGUGGCGGACAUGCUUUGGAAAUUCGCAGAGUCAGAUAUUUGCCAGAAACAGGAAGUCGUGCAAGCGGAGUUAUGUUUAAAGGAUUUGCUUGGAGGGGAGGAGUUUGUGUGUAAGAGGAUGAUAUUGCCGUACACCCGCUCCAUCGAUCUAGAGGUGCAUUUGGAUUCAAAGGGACAGCCCAUUCCUGUGACGCCACCAUGCAAUACCACACCUGAAAAAACGUCUUCCAAAAGUGAGAAUUUUUAUAACUGGGACAAAGUGAACAUUGGAGUUAAAGUGACAGAUGAUCUCGUUGCUCAGUUAUUAAAUACCAAAAAUAAAAAGUCAUCAUUAAAAGUCGUAAAGCCCACAUUGCUUCAUAGCGUAGAGCCAGAUGAGGGAGACCUGUUCAAUACUGGCUUAUUCCUGACCAAUGAAGUCACAGACAUGUUAACCAAAAGUUCAGUGUGUAACGAAAAUAAAGGACCAGUGAAACUUGCCAUCCAAGUGUGCAACAGAAAUCACUAUUGCUACCAUUCUGAUCAGCUGUUGGGACUUCACGCCAUGAAGAGGAGGCACUUGAAGCUGAUAGGAUACAAGGUUGUGGAUCUGAACCAUCAGGAAUGGUUUCCCCUGCUGAGGAAAAGUCGAACAGAGAAGCUAGCAUACCUCCACUGCAAGGUUUUCAAUCAAUAAUUACCAAGUGGAUAAAAAUAAAACUGACUGAUUUAUGGGGCUCUAGUUUUACCUCUGUUCAUACUUUAAACAAGAGAAAAAAAUUUAGUUGCAAAUGAAUGUUGUCUGAAUGAAUGAUAUUAAAUAUUCUUUUGUUUACAAUAAAGAAAGUAAUAUAUUUU